AGAGAGAGAAAGACUGAGCGUAAGAGGGAAAGAGCAAGAGGGAGGGAGAGAGAGAAAGAGGGAGAGUGAGAGAGGGAAGGGUAUAUUGACUGAAAGCAGCCGUGGUUGCUCUUCAGUAUGUAAGAGACAGAGAACAGUACAGAAGACAAGAUGGACCGGAGGAACAGAUGAAGCCUGUCAUUGGUUGAGUCCAGUGGUCCAGAUGAGCGUGUCCAAGCCUCCUCUCCCCCAGUCCCACAUCUCCGCCCCUGCCUCCUCCACCCACCUCAUCCCUCCAUCCUCCACCUCCCCCAUCCCCCGUCCUCCACCCAACAACCCCCCUGCCCCCCUGCCCCCUCCACCCUCCCCGGUCAAGAUCUCCAUGCAGGAGCACUUUGCCAUCAACGUGUGUCCCGGCCCCAUUCUACCCAUCCCGCAGAUCUCCGACUUCUUCCCGCGCUUCCACGACUUCCCCAUCGCCCCUCCGCCCCCCCGCGAGAAGAAGAUCCUCGGGGAGGACGGAGAGUAUCACGGAGAGAGGGAUGAAGAGAAGGAGCGUGAGAGGAGGGAGGAGAACGGCGGAGACAGAGAGCUGGGCGACUCGGAUGAUGAAACUUACCUGGGCACACUGGAGUUCACCCUGCACUUCGAUCAGGAGAACAACUGUUUGCACUGCACCAUCCAAAAGGCUAAGGGACUGAAGGCCAUGGACUCCAACGGUCUGGCAGAUCCAUACGUCAAACUCCACCUUCUGCCUGGGGCCAGCAAGGCGAACAAAUUACGCACAAAAACGCUGAAGAACACCCUGAAUCCAGUGUGGAAUGAGACCCUGGUGUACCAUGGCAUUACGGCAGCAGACAUGACCACUAAAACACUCAGACUCUGUGUGUGUGACAUGGAUCGACUGGGCCGUAACGAGUUUAUUGGCGAAGUGAGGGUUGCUCUCAAGAAACUGAGAGAAGGAGAGAACAAAAAGUACAACAUGGGCUUGGAGAGGAUCACACAGAAUAAAGAAAGCAACCACCAAGUGGUAGAGCAGGGUGGUCCGGUGGCUGAGGAGGAGCGUGGUCGUAUCCUGGUCUCACUGUGUUACGUGGCAGAGAAGAGCACUCUUUGCGUGGGCAUCAUACGCUGUGCUCACCUGGCAGCAAUGGACUCCAAUGGCUACUCAGAUCCGUUCGUCAAAAUCGUUUUACAGCCUGACAUGGGUAAGAAGUCCAAGUACAAAACUACAGUGAAGAAGAAAACUCUCAACCCAGAGUUUAAUGAGGAGUUUUUCUAUGAGGUUCCCAAAGACCAACUAGCAAAGAAGACCCUGGAGAUCUCUGUAUGGGACUAUGACCUUGGAAUGAGCAAUGACUUCAUAGGUGGUGUGGAGCUGGGCAUCAAUGCUAAAGGGGAGAAGCUGAAACACUGGUUUGAGUGUCUGAAAUUCGGAGGGAAGAAAGUGGAGUACUGGCAUGCACUUACACAACAAGGGGCUCCUAGCAGUGAUUAACCACACACACACACACACACACACACACACACACAGUUUUUAAGUGCAUUGUAAAGUAAAAAAUAAUAAUGAGGUAAUGGAGUAAUAAUAUUUAUAUGCAAUAACUGAUAAUAAUGACACUGAUAAUAAUGUUUUAUUAACCAAAUAAUUAUAAGCAAAAUUCUAAAACUGUCUCAGUAAACAGAAAAAGAGCAGAUUGAAAGAGAGCACAGCGUUACUGUGAUGUUACGUGAAGAGAAGUUGUCUGACUUGUCCAAAGUGUUGGCACAGUUCUCCCACACUCAUUUUACUACCAUUGCUUUCUUUCCUUCUAGCUUUUCUGGUUGUUGUCUUUUUUACAUUUCUAUGUGGGACUGUACUCUGUCUUGUGACUCGGCCUCUUUGAUCUGUUCAGUGUGAUGUGUAAAAGACUAUUACACAGUACCUACUGUGUUAUUACCACCCUACUAACACUAUGUCCUGGUGGCUCAGUGGUAAUACUUGUUUCACUAGUUGUGGGUGCCGUGUUGGUGGCGUCAAACAAAAGCACAAUGUCUCUCCUUUGGACCAUGUUCAUCUGUGUACCUGUUUGUACUAUGUAUAAUCUGUCUCUCUCUGUGUGUGUGUGUGUGUGUGUGUGUGUGUGUGUGUGUGCCUGUGUGUGCUAGUGUGUAUGUGUGUGUGUGUUUCUAUUCAGAAUCCCUGUAGCAAAGUGCAAAGUGGGACUAAAGCACAAACGGCCUUCUCCAGUUGAAAUGGAAUGAAUCAAUAUGAAAUGAACACAUGAAUUAGGUACCUUUCUGGGAAACAGGAAGAUGGACAGACAGAGAGAGGGCUGGGGAGAAAUGGGGGGGAAGAGGAAGUCAGAGAGAGAGAGAGAAAAUAUGCAGCCUUGGUCAGGCUGCUUGGGGCAUCCAUCAGUCUGUCUGUUUGGCAGAGAUUGCUGCCCAGCAAACCCGACAAUAAGAGGACACCAGAUUUGUGAGGCCAGACUGCAGAAAUCCUCUUUCUCCAUUUCCCCCCAUUGUUGUGUAUGGAUGGCUCCUCAGGGUUGGCCCCAUUUUAUUUAUGCUCAGAUCAAAGAGGAUUACUCUCCUCCAGAUAACCCCGCCCACCCCGGGGAUCACUGGGGGGCUCCACGGACAAUCUCUGAUAUUACUCACUGACAAACAAUACCGACCAGCCUAGCAAUUACUGUGUGUGUGUGCGAGAGAGAGAAAGAGAGAGAGAGUUUGUAUUUGCGUGUCCGAUUCUCUUUCACAUCGCUUUGUGUGUUUCAGAGUAGGCACACUAUGUGAUGCUCUCUGUUGUGACUGAGAUUGUAUUGUGCACAGGGGUUUUUGUGUCUGUGCGUGUGAAUGUGUGUGUAUGUGUAACCAUGUGCUUGUGUGUCUGCUAAACAAGUAAAUGUAUGUGCCACUGUAAAUGUACCGGUAAGUGCAUCUACCAGCUGGUAACAGUAAGUUCGGGCAGGGCUUAGUGUGAGUGGACAAGCUUGCAUCUCAAGUGGUCAACCUGUGAACUCUUAUCUCUCUGGAAUAUGCUGGGGUGUCGGCACAGAAACAAAGAAGUCUACCGUCAGUACAGGUGGUAGAUUCAGACUUCACCAUACACACUCUAUGCAUUUCCUGAUGUGGACAAAGGCAAUCUUGGGGAGCAAGAUCACAAAGCCACAAAGGACACUGGUGUCCUCAGCCACCAACCCUGCUACCCAUGAGUCCAUCUCCGCUUACAUUCAGCAUCGAUGCAACUCUCCUAUGGAGUCAUUUGUACUAAUCUACAGUAUGUUGGUUUUGCUUUGGGCUACAGAAAAUGGUCAUAUAGAUCUCAAGGAGAGGGAAACACUGUAGGAUGAGCUGUCUCUGUGCUCACCAAUUAAGAAUGUGUGUGUGUGUGUGUGUGUGUGUGUGUAAUGUUACUUAAUGGAAGAGCUGGAUCUAUCUCCGUCUCUAUGCACUUAAACACACAGAGACUCACCUUGGUACAGCUGAUGUAAUGACCAUACAGGCUGCUGUGAUUGAACAUGUUGCAUGUCUUUUGAAAUCCUAUUUAUAGUAUUAUUUAAAUGCCUCGAUGCUUUCUGGGUUUUGUGGUGCCAUAUUUUGCUAAAUCUUGGAGAAUGAAUAAGAUUAUUUAUUUAUGGUAUUUAUUUUGGUCUCAUCUAUGUGGAGCAACAAAGCACUCCCUUUACUUCUGUUGAUACUGUUGUGACAUUACCACGGUCAUGCAUAACAAAGAGGAUCUGCAUGCAGAGUGAAUCAUAUGCCUUGCACAGAAUAAUGCUGAAAUGUCAAAUGCUAUUCUCGCUGUUGCUGUUUUUGUCCAUGCUAAUGUGUGUUUGUUUGCUUUGAGGACAAUUCAGGGUAACUUGCUCCAUUGUCUUAGCUUUUGAAUACACCUGUAUUGCAAUGACCAGGUAUUGCCUCCCUUUACUGACAGUGGGGAGGAAGGGUAUCUAGCGCAUAAAGGACAAAAAAAAGUCAAUUGGAUAACAAGUGUUCCCUUCAAAAGCUUUGUGUCUUCACUGUCUAUGUGGACAACGUGACUGCCAUCGUGUGGUCGGUCUCUGUAAUUGCGUCUUGAAAUAAAUUGAAUGUGUUUCAA